ACUAUCUGUUUAUGACAGUCCAUUACCAGGGAAGAAUGCUGGGGGGAAUCGACAUGUGGAAAGGAGAGAAACCCUGUCUGAAUUCUCUCACAUUGCCCUUCUCACCCUGGCAGACUACAGAAUAACGUCCACAUUUUGCUCCAGAUCAUCCCAUCCUCCCAGUGGGAAGGAAAUGGCUUCAAUGGAGCUGGCUCAGGCCUUCCAUUCUCCUGUUCAAGAAGCAUCCCCCAGGGCUCCCUCUGCCUGUGCGACUGGCCAGCAGGGGGUGGUGUUAACUUUCUAUCCACUUAUCACACUCUGUGAGCUGCCCUUCUCACCCUGCCAGGCUGCGGAAUAAUGUCCGUGUUUUGCUCCAGUUCAUCCCGUACUCUCAUUGGACAGGGGAGAGAAAUGGCUGCAGAGGAGCCAGUUCAGAGGCCGGUGACCUUCGAGGAGGUGGCUGUGUAUUUCACCAGGGAAGAGUGGGCUCUGCUGGACCCCACUCAGAGAGCCCUCUACAGGGAUGUCAUGCAGGAGAACUGUGAGAAUGUGACCUCGCUGGGGUUUCCAGUUUCCAGACCUCAUAUAAUCUCCCAGCUGGAACAAAGAGAAGAGCCAUGGGUCCCAGACCUCCAGGGUUCAGAGGAAAGACAGAUCCUGAGAGCUCCCCGCACAGGUGAUGCAAUGGUAGGUGAGAAAGAGGAGCAGAAUUCUCAGCAGAAAAAUGUCGAGCAAGUGGGUAAACACAGAGCAUUAUCGCAAAGAUCAAAAAGGAAUGUGUCCAGGAGUCAUGAGCAGGGAAACUCCUGUGAGAUUCAGCACAAACCAGAAAGAGAGCAGGGAAACCAGCCAGGGAAGAGAGUAGGUAAAUUUAUUUUCUGUCGGGAAACUUGGAAGAGAGUCAAGGAAACCACAACACAGCAGGAAAUCCUCAUGGGAAAGAGGAAAAAUACAUGCUCUGAGUGUGGGAAAACCUUCCCUCACAGAUCAGACCUUUCUAGACAUCAGAGAAUCCACACAGGGGACAGGCCCUUUGAAUGCACUGAGUGUGGGAAAAGCUUCAUUGAAAGAUCAGCCCUUUCUCAACAUCAGAGAAUCCACACAAGGAAGAGGCCCUAUGAAUGCCGUGAGUGUGGGAAAACCUACCCUCACAGAUCAGACCUUUCUAGACAUCAGAGAAUCCACACAGGGAGGAGGCCCUAUGAGUGCCAUGAGUGUGGGAAAACCUUCCCUCACAGAUCAGACCUUUCUAGACAUCAGAGAAUCCACACAGGGGACAGGCCCUUUGAAUGCACUGAGUGUGGGAAAAGCUUCGUUACCAGCUCUCACCGUACUGGGCAUCGGAGAAUCCACACAGGAAAGAGGCCCUAUGAAUGCCGUGAGUGUGGGAAAACCUUCACUCGCAGCUCAAUCUUUAUUAUCCAUCAGAGAAUCCACACAGGGGAGAGGCCCUAUGAAUGCAGGGAGUGUGGGAAAAGCUUCCGUCACAGCUUUCACCUUUCUAGACAUGAGAGAAUCCACACAGGUAUGAGACCCAAUGGAAGCAGUGAGUGCGGGAAAACCUUGUCUUGCCACUGAGCCCAUGUGAGCCGUCAGGGUAUCUGCAUGAGGGAUCAACACUAUAAAACCCUCUAGGGCUAUCAAUACUUUAAUACUUUUCCUGAUUCCCACAGAGUAACUUUUAAAAGCUUUUUGAACAGCUUGAAGCACCGAUAUCCCUCAGCUUGUCCAGAUGAGUGGCCCAGUUUUGCAUUUUGCAUUUUGACUCUUUGAGGUGGACCCGUUUGUCCUUUCUAUCAACUCCAUUCUCCCAUGAGUAGUUCGAGUGUGCUCUUGUCAUGGUAUAAUUCCCCACUCUGAACCUUAGCAUCCAAAAGAUGGGGUACCAGCAUGAAUUCCUCUAAGCUCAGUUACCAGCUUAGUACUUGUAGUACUGCCACCAACCAGGAAUUUCAGUGCUUGGUACACUCUGGUCCCCCCAAAACCUUGCCCGGGGAUCCCCAAGACCCAGUCCCUCUGGAUCUUAACACAAGGAAAGUAAACCCUUUCCCUCACCAUUGCCUCUCCCAGCCUUCCCUUUCCUGGGUUACCCUGGAAGAUUACUGUGAUUCAAACUCCUUGAAUCUUUAAACAGAGAGGAAAAUUCAACUUCCCCCCUCCUUCUCUCUCCCCCUCCCAGACUCUCCCUGAGAGAGAAAAAUAAUCCUAAAACAGAGAGAAAUUAACCUUUCUCUCCACCAAUUCCCUGGUGAAUCCAGACCCAGUCCCCUGGGGUCUCACUAGAAUAAAGAAAACAAUCAAAACAAGAAAAGCUUUUAAUUAAAGAAAGAAAAAACAGUAAAAAUUAUCUUUGUAAAUUUAAGAUGGAAUAUGUUACAGAGUCUUUCAGCUAUAGACACUGGGAAUACCCUCCCAGCCUAAGUAUACAAGUUCCAAUUAGAAUCUUUUCAGCAAAAUACAAAUUUGAACUCCUUCCAACCAAAUACACAUUUGCAAAUAAAGAAAACAAACAUAAGCCUAAUUAGCCUUAUCACCUAGUACUUAGUAUUCCGAACUUAUAAGAACCUGUAUCAGGGAGAUUGGAGAGAUACCUGAUUUCACGUCUGGUCCCUCUGAGCCCCCAGAGUGAACAACAACCAAAUUCUAACAGCACACACUCAAACUUUCCUCCCUCAAGAUUUGAAAGUAUCCUGUCCCCUGAUUGGUCCUCUGGUCAGGUGACAGCCUGGCUCACUGAUCUUAUUAACCCUUUACAGGCAAAAAAGACCUGAAGUACUUCUGUUCUAUUAACUCUUACUUAUCUGUUUAUGACAGCCCUUCACAUAAGAAACAAGGGAGCAUCACAUUUAUACCAUUCCUCCUUUUGCAAAGGUAUUGUUAGAGUCACCAAUGUUGCAGAUUGUAUCAUUGCCAGCUGUUCUCAUGUUGCUUUGGGUUGUGCUGAAGAGCAGUUAUCAUGGGAACUUUUCAAAUUAUAUAUAAAUGAAGAGGAGCAAGGGGAGGAAAAAAGUGUCAUUUCAGCCUCUGUGAUACUGGAAGGAAAUGUAAAAAGUGGCAGAGUCCUGUGGCACUUUAUAGACUAAAAGACGUUUUGGAGCAUAAGCAAUAUACAAAAAUCUGUAGGAUAACACUUCAGUCUCCCUGAACACACAAUCACAGAUUUAAAAAUAGCCAUCCUGCAGCAAAAACAACUUCAGGCCAGACUUCAAAUAGAAACUGCUGAGCUCCAGUUCAUCUGCAAAUUUGACACCAUCAGCUCAGGAUUAAACAAAGACUGUCAAUGGAUAGCCAACUACAAAGGCAGUUUCUCCUCCUUUGGUGUUCACACCUCCACUGCUAGAAGAGAGCCUCAUCCUCCCUGACUGAACUAACCUUGUUAUCUCUAGUAUCUCUAGUCAGAUUCUUGCUUGCAUGUUUAUUCCCGCCUCUGGAAAUUUCCACUACGUUCAUCUGACGAAGUGGGGAUUCACCCACGAAAGCUUAUGCACCAAUACGUCUGUUAGUCUACAAGGUGCCAGAGGACUCUUUGUCACGUUUUACAGAUCCGGACUAACACGGCUACCCCUCUGAUACUUGGAAGGAGAUGGGGUGACUCAGAGAUUCCCUCCUGCCCCAUCACGGCAGAACUGUUACCUUUUUUCUGAGUGAGGCAGAGUUUAUCGUCAUCACAUUCUACCCCUCCACUUCUCAAAGUGUCAUGUGAUGAAGUGUUCUCAGUUGUCCAUGCUUGGAGAUGAUGCUUUGACUUCUUUAAUCCUAGGUCAGAGUUGCUGUGAGUGGAGAUGAAAGUAUCAAAGGCCUGGAAGGGGAAUUCAAAUGGAUCCUAAAUACAGUGUCAUCAUUUCGAGUUUAAAUCCCAGGUUCCAUCUAUUGGUAAAGCCAAUUCUGGCAAAGUGGCUGCUUUUUCCCCCAUUAUGGGGAUGCUAGGAUACUAAACAUGUUGCAAAUAACAUAACUGACUAUUGAGAAAGUGCUGAGUGAAGCAGGGUUGAAUGGAUCAGAAGAUAAUGUGAUGGGAGAAUCUCUUGUCCUGAUUCUAAAUAAUUAGAUGUAGCCUGCUCUGGAAUUUCAAUUUACACUUCAUUGUCAUGUGUUCUAUCUCUCUGUGAUUUGGGUUUCUUUCUAUCUUGAUGGCUGUGUGGUCACACAAUUAGAUACUGGUUCAGCUCAGAUUUUCUGGAGAAUUGAAGACAAAUGAGCAUUUGCUAAAGUCGUCAUUUCUCACUUCAGCUUUACUUUUCCCCAUCCUUCCAUGAUGACAUGGAGAAAGUUCAAGUGCAGUUCUGUCAACAGGAGAGAACUCUCCAAUUUACUGACCAUGCUAACAAAGACACAGCAGUGAUUUAAAAUCUCCACUUGGAAAUGGGGAACAGCAGCAGACCCCCCAGUAACUGAGGGAAGUGCAUAUGAGCACAGUGUAGUUCUAUUGUUUAAAUCAAUAGUGUCUCAGAUGGCUGUGUUGGCAGGAGCAGCUCUCCUGCUGAUGUGGCGCUAUCUACACAGGGGAUUAGAACUGUGUAACUACGUUGCUCAGCUGUGUUGAUUUUUCACAUCCCUGAGCAAUAAUUAUACCGAUUAAAUGUCUGUAGCGAAGACCAGACAGUUUUCCUUGUGUUUUAUGCAUUUACAUCACUUCUCCCCACCUCCUAUUACUUGGAAAGAUUUAAAGUGUGACAAGAGGUAUUUUUCCUCAGGAUGCAAACAUUCCCACAUAGGAGAUGCCUUCCACCAACACGCAUGGCAGAAGAAACAGAGAGAUAUGAACUCUCAGAAGUGUUGGGACAAACCACAACUUGAGGCAAGGUUCAGGUGUUGGCAAUGGGGAUUAAAAGAAAACUAACAUAUGACGAGAAUUUGUGAUCUUUGAAUGUGUUAUUGUUACCAAUGAAAAUGAAAUUAUAGGUGGUUUUUGGUUAAAGAGUAAGAGA